AUGCCCUGUCCCUGGAAGCUCGAAGUCCAGAACUCGCCACUGACUGAUGCAGGCGGCCAGCGUCACGUGCGCGCCUUCGGCCAAUCGCGUCGGAGGUGGGAGGAGCCUCGCCGAGGCCGCUCCGGGCGUCCUCCGCGCUGCCCCGGACCCGCCGCGCCGGUUGAGGGGGCGCCGGGCCUGCCCCUGGGUCGGGAGGAACGGGCGGGGGCCCGGGAGCGCCGGCCCAGGGCUUCCUCUCAGGCCUGGGGGGCCCGCCCGGCCUCCGCUGCGGCCGGCGCGUCGUGGCCAGAGACGGCCGGGUGGGGUCCCGGGUCGGACCGCCGCCCGCCGCUGCCCCGCCCCCAGGCUCCCCGGAGCGCGGGCGCAAAGCGCGCUGCUUUUGGGUGUUGGGGGGGGGGGGCGCUGAGACUUGGGCCGGGAUCAUCAGGGCGAGAUCGGUGCCUGCCGCGGGGGAGGCAGCCGUCGGGGCUGCUGCGCCAGUUUCUGGUGGACGGUGAUCGCUUUGGGAAGUUCAGGGGAAAACAGUUCCAGGGGGAGUGGUUUGUGGUCGGCCUGGCGGGCAGCACCCACAGGAAGACAGACAGUUCCUUGCUGAACCCGUUCACUGCGACGUUCGAGCAGGAUGAAAACAGCCGCCUUAAAGUGUCAUAUGCCAUGACCCGGGGCCACCGCUGUAUGACCUGGUCUUACGUGCUGAUUCCAGGGGCACAUCCUGGGAGAUUCUCCGUGGACAACACUGAGGCGCCCGGGCGAGACCCCGAGGAGAUCCAGGUGUACGACACUGACUACAGCUCAUUUGCCCUGAUGCUGUCCAGACGACAGUCGAGCAGUCAGAGCAUCGUCAGGGUCAGCCUGCUGUGCAGAAUGUGGGUGAUACAGAGCCACAUGCUGGAGAAGUUUGUCAUCCUGGUCCGAGCUCAGGGCCUCUCGGUUCACAACAUCGUCUUCCCAGACUUGACAGGUUACAGGCUCUCAGGCCGGGGCAGGAGCCUGGACCCAGCGUAGGUAGCUGCCCGCGGGCCUCAGAAGCCCUGUGGGAGCCCCGCAGCUCUGGCCCGGCUCUCCUCCGUCCUCCGUCCAUCCGUCCG